AUGGAUCUCGUCAACCACCUCGAAGGGAGACUGCUCUUUGCCGUGCCUAAAAAGGGCCGUCUCCAGCAAUCGACGCUGGACCUGCUUUCAGGCUCGGACAUCCAGUUCCGUCGCGAAACGCGGCUCGACAUCGCUCUGGUCAAGAACCUCCCGAUUGCGCUGAUUUUCCUCCCUGCGGCAGACAUCCCCACCUUCAUCGGCGAGGGCCGGGUAGACCUUGGGAUCACAGGGCGCGACCAGGUUGCCGAACACGACGCCCAGCUGCCUGCCGGGGAGACGUCGGGCGUGGAGGAGAUCCUGGAUCUGGGUUUCGGCCGGUGCAAGCUGCAGGUGCAGGUGCCCGAGAAGGGACCCCUCACUGACCCGAAGGAGCUGGUCGGCAAGAACGUCGUCACCAGCUUCACAGCCCUGACGGAGGCCUUCUUUCGUCAGCUCGAGGGCGGCGAGCUCAGCACCAAGAUCAAAUAUGUGGGUGGUAGUGUUGAGGCGGCGUGUGCGCUGGGUGUUGCCGAUGGCAUUGUCGAUCUCGUGGAGUCCGGUGAGACUAUGAAAGCCGCCGGCCUGAAAGCCAUCGAUACUGUUGUGGAGAGCACCGCGGUGCUGGUCAAGUCGCGGAACACCAACAACUCGCUCGUGGAGCUCAUCACCUCGCGGAUACGGGGUGUGAUCACCGCCCAAAAAUACGUGCUCUGCCAGUACAACAUCCCGCGGACGGAGCUGGCCACCGCGUCGCAAAUCACGCCGGGCAAGCGCGCGCCGACGAUCACCGCGCUCGAGGAGGAGGGCUGGGUGGCUGUCAGCUCGAUGGUGGAGAAGAAGGCGAUCGCCACGGUGAUGGACGAGUUGACCAAGGUUGGGGCGACGGAUAUUUUGGUCUUGAACAUUGCCAACUCGCGGACUGGCUAG